AUUACAACUCAUAGGUUCCCCUCUUAGAAAAGAAAAGAAAAGAAAAUAAUAAAAAAAUUACAACUCAUAAGCUGCAAUUGUUUAUCGAUAAACAUCCACUAUUGUUUUGUUUAUUCAUGUUUUAAAUGUUGAAAGUGGAAAUGGGUGACGGGUCCUGUUUUGUUUACUCAAAUCAAAUGUUGGGAGAAACAAAUAUUCAAUACGAGGCAGAGUAUUAUUCUUAUGAUGGGCACACCCGUUUUCAGGGGUUAUACGGAAGAACAUCUCUCUAAGACAGACCCUUUUCAGUCUAUGCGGCUUUUGCUCAUCCCUUCCUACUCCAAGAACUCUUCUUGACUGGAUCUUGACUUGACGACGAUCCAGUCAACAAUUGCGUUCUACGUCUUGGCGAAUGAAAAUCUCUGCUAUCAAUCACCUGAAUUGGAUUUCUUACUGAUUUGCUACUGUCAAUUUUAUCUAUUUUGUGGAACAGUGAAAGUCUGAAAGUCCACCACCACACCGGCCGUCUUCCUAACUCUCUCACCAGGUUUCUCUCCUUGCCUGAGGCUGCAAACAAGUGCGGCGAGUCCUCGGCCACGACCAUACACGGACCAGCUGCAGUGUGAUCUGGUAUUGUUCAAUUCAGACUAAUUAAAGCAAGAGUGGUUAAGAAAAGCGAAACAGAGAGAACAUACUGCCUUUCCUUCUCUCUCUCUAGGAAAACUACUGAGACAAAGAUGAACAACUAAAAUCAAACCCUGUUUGGGAUUUGGAUUUUUCAUGGCUGGGAAGGAGCUCGCGCUUGCACCUACUUUCUGGUGCUUUUGAUUACGAGGGUCAUUGCUUACACCAAUUUGUAACUUAUAUAAGAUGGCUGAAAGUUGGGAUGGAAGCUAUGAUCCUGGCAGCCCCUCAGAUGACAGCCGGCAAUUUGAGAACGUAGAGCCAAUAUAUGAUGCAUUUGUCUGUCCUUUAACAAAGCAAGUAAUGCGCGAUCCUGUUACGUUAGAAAAUGGGCAAACAUUUGAGCGUGAAGCAAUUGAAAAGUGGUUCAAGGAAUGCCUCGACAGUGGAAGGAAGUUGCAGUGUCCAUUGACGCUGAAAGAAUUACGAAACAGAGAUUUGAAACCAAGCAUAGCUUUACGGAACACCAUUGAAGAGUGGAAUGCCAGGAAUGAAGCUGCUCAGCUUGAUAAGGCUCGCAGGUCAUUGAAUUUGAACGCUCCAGAAAAUGAAGUUCUUAUGUCCUUGAAGUUUGUUCAGCACAUCUGCCAAAAAAGUAGGUCGAGCAAGCAUAUUGCACGAAGUGCAGGGUUGAUACCUAUGAUUAUUGACAUGUUAAAGAGUAGCAUCCGUAAAGUUAGAUGUAGAGCUUUGGAAACCCUUAGAAUUGUGGUGGAAGACAAUGAUGAAAAUAAGGAAAUGGUUGCUGAGGGGGACACUGUCCGCACUAUUGUAAAGUUCUUAUCUCAUGAGCAAUCUAAAGAGAGGGAGGAAGCUGUCUUUUUGCUGUACGAACUUUCACAAUCUGAAUCACUGUGUGAAAAGAUUGGUGCAGUCAAUGGAGCUAUUCUUAUAUUGUUAGGAAUGACAAGCAGCAAAUCAGAGAAUCUUUUAACUGUAGAGAAAGCAGACAAAACACUAGAGAAUCUGGAGAAGUGUGAGAACAAUGUGCGUCAGAUGGCUGAAAAUGGUAGACUGCAGCCUCUUCUGACACAAAUUCUUGAAGGCCCUCCAGAAACCAAACUGUCCAUGGCCAAUUUCCUCGGUGAACUGGUUUUGAACAAUGAUGUGAAGGUCCUUGUAGCUAGAACUGUGGGUUCCUCUUUGAUCAAUCUCAUGAAAAGCGGUAAUAUGCAGUCAAGAGAAGCUUCUCUAAAAGCUUUAAAUCAGAUUUCUUGUGAGGCAAGUGCUAGGGUGUUGAUAGAUGCAGGGAUACUUCCUCCUCUUGUGAGGGACCUUUUUGCUGUUGGUGCUAAUCAUCUAUCUAUGAAACUAAAAGAGAUUUCUGCAACAAUUCUUGCUAAUGUUGUGAACUCAGGUUAUGACUGUGAGUCGGUUCCUCUUGGACCUGAUAACCAGACUUUGGUCUCAGAAAACAUAGUACAUAGCCUUCUACAUCUCAUUAGCAACACUGGCCCAGCAAUUGAAUGUAAGCUUCUUCAGGUUCUUGUUGGGCUCACUCACACUCCCUCUACUGUGAUGAAUGUUGUUGCUGCUAUUAAAAGCUCUGGUGCCACUAUCAGUUUGGUUCAGUUCAUCGAGGCUCCACAAAAGGAAUUGCGUGUGGCUUCAAUAAAACUUCUUCAGAACCUUUCCCCGUAUAUGGGUCAGGAACUAGCUGAUGCUUUACGUGGCACAGUUGGCCAGCUAGGAAGCCUGAUUAGAGUUAUAUCAGAAAAUGUUGGCAUCACUGAAGAGCAAGCUGCAGCGGUUGGCCUCUUAGCUGAGCUGCCAGAGAGAGAUUUAGGCCUCACUCGACAGAUGCUAGAUGAAGGGGCCUUUGAACUUGUCUACACAAAGGUAGUUAAAAUUCGACAGGGAGAGACCAAGGGGGCUCGCUUUGUGACACCGUUUUUGGAAGGGCUUGUUCGAGUUCUUUCAAGAGUUACAUUUGUACUUGCUGAUGAGCAGGCUGCAAUCGAUCUCUGCCGAGAGUAUAAUCUUGCUGCAUUGUUUGUCGACCUUCUUCAAGCUAAUGGACUUGACAACGUGCAGAUGAGUUCUGCAACAGCCUUGGACAACCUCUCACAAGAAUCCAAAAAUUUGACAAGACUUCCAGACAUGCCAGCACCUAGUUUUUGUGCCUCAGUCUUUCCAUGUUUUAGUAAACAACCUGUGAUAAGCGGAUUGUGUGGAGUCCACAGGGGUACAUGCAGUCUCAGAGAGAGUUUUUGUCUUUUGGAAGGACAGGUUGUGGACAAAUUGGUAGCACUUUUAGACCACACAAAUGAGAAGGUGGUCGAGGCAGCACUGGCUGCUAUAUCGACUUUGUUGGAUGAUGAAGUUGAUAUUGAACAAGGAGUGAAGGUGUUGUGUGAGGUUGAGGGAGUCAGACCUAUACUAGAUGUGCUGUUGGAGAAACGAACGGAAACAUUGAGGAGAAGAUCAGUGUGGGCAGUUGAGAGACUUUUGCGGAUUGAGGAGAUAGCCUAUGAAGUUUCUGGUGAUCCAAAUUUAAGUACUGCUCUUGUUGAUGCCUUUCAGCAUGGUGACUACAGAACUCGACAAAUAGCCGAACGUGCCUUGAAACAUGUCGAUAGGUUACCAAACUUCUCUGGGAUUUUUCCCAACAUGGGGUAAGAACUUUUUUUUUUUGGUGUGGUUUAUGCUUACUUCCAAAUCCAGUGGAAGGUAUAUAUUGUUGUAUACAAGAUUUCCCACUUGUAGAUGAUUUUUGAACCAUGUUCAUUUGUUUUUUUUUCUCUUCCUCUUCUUCAUGAUGCAAGAUUUUCAUCUAUUUAUGCAUUUUUCAUAUCAUACAUUGAGGCUCGGGCUGAAAACUGUCAUUCCUUUUCUCAUUGUUUAUUCAUUAUUACUUUGUCCACUAUAAUUUUUUCAGUCUGCAACUCUAUAUGUAUAAAGUUGCGCCAUUUCAAA